UGUAGCAAUCUGUUUAUUUAAAUCAAAUUAAUUUCUGUGUUGAAUUACGUGAUGUGAAUGCAGCUAUUGUGUGCAGGUCGCCAUGGUGAUCUCAAAGCUGUGCAAGUGUGUGUCUCUCUCUCUCUCUGAAAACAGGGGCAAAGUUAGUGAAGUUUGAGGGGUAUUGUUGGAGAAUCCGGUCUGCACUGGACUGAACACUCUGGAGUUGUACAACCGUGGACAGUCACAUCAGGGUGAUGUUCUCUCUCUCUGAGCUGUGGUCGAUGGGUGAGCGUCAGGGCAGUUAUAAGCUGUUAAAGCCCUGGUGGGAGGUGUUCAUGGAUCAUCUGCUGGUGCUGAUGCUGAUGGUGUCCGUCCUCGCGGGGACUCUGCUGCUGUCCCGUGACGGUGUUGUGUGUGUUCCCAUGAGUUCCUCCUCCGGAAACUUCAGCUCCUCCACAGAGCCCGAGUCUGACCCGCUCUUCACCAGUCCGGCGAGGGGUCGACGCACCAACUUGGACUUCCAGCAGUACGUCUACAUCAGUCACGUGUGCUAUCACGAGGCUUUACCGUGGUACUCGCGCUUUCUGCCGUACGUGACGCUGCUGCACACGUUGAUUCUGCUGGUCAGCGGCUGCUUCUGGUUUCAUUUUCCUUUGACGUCUGCACGAAUCGAGCACUUUCUGUCUCUCCUCGCCAAAUGCUGCGAAUCGCCCUGGACGACCCGGGCUCUGUCCCACACGGCCAGACUGGACACGGCCCGCUUCUCAGAGACGGAACAGACGGUGCGACCCAAGGGUCAGGCAGCAUGUUCCUCUAAAACGCGCAGGUUAAGCGUGGACUCUGGGACUGACAGCCCCCUGCUGGUGGCGGCUGAUAGCGGAUCUACUCAACCGUCCCCAUGCCCGUCUGCCGGCUCUCGCUGCUCCAUACUCUCUGGUCUGUCACCGGUGGAGCGUGUGACGCCCCCACAGACAUCACAGGUUCCUCUGGAAGGUUCUCGGACACCGGCACCGUUAGAUCGCAGUGAUCGUGAGCAGGCGCGAGCGCUGUUCGAGAGAGUCCGCAGGUUCCGUGCACAUUGCGAGAGCUCGGAUGUUAUCUAUAAGGUGUACACGGCUCAGACGGUGUUUAAAGUGCUGAAGUUCAUUGUGAUCGUGAGUUACGUGACUCCGCUGCUGAACUCCAUCACUUUCAGUCACGUCUGCAGACCGCAGACACACACGUUGACCGGAUACAACACGUACCAGUGCAGUCACUCGCUCUCCUCCAUCCUGCGCAAACUCAUGCAGACGUACAUCUCACUGCUCGUCCUGUUCGGCAUCAUCGCCGUCUACACGCUCAUCUGGAUCUGUCACAAGUCUUUGACGCAGUAUUCCUUCCAGAAGCAGCGUGAGACAGGAUCUAUGUUAGAUGUGCCGGAUCUUCAAAAUGAUUUGGCCUUUCUGUUACACAUGGCCGAUCAGUACGAUCCUCUUCUGUCUCAGCGUCUGUCUGUGUUUCUGUCACCGGUCAGCGAGACUCGACUGCUGGAGGAAAGCCUGGAGCGUCGCUGGGGGUCUGAACGUCUGAGGUCAAUGAUGACAUGUGACCCUGAGGGUCGUUCUCUUCUUCAGCUGGUGGCUCUUCCACAUCUUCCACCCGCUCUCUUCACCCUCAACCAGCUUCAGGUGCUGAAGCUAGAGCUGAUCACAGACGCCAAACUCACAUCGCUGAUAUCCAACAUGACUGCACUCAGAGAGAUGCAUCUGUAUCACUGCUCAGCAUCAGUGGAGCCCGGAGCACUGCGACACCUGCAGGAACACCUGGAGACGCUGCAUCUCACCUUCGCCCAACCCGCUGACAUCCCGCUGUGGAUGUACUCGCUCCGAGGCCUGCAGGAGCUUCACCUCACCGGCAGGAUGAGCAGCGACGGCGGGAUGGGACGCGGCUGGCCCCUCUGCAGCCUGAGACAGCUGCGUCACCUGCGUGUCCUGGUGCUGCGUGGGUCGCUGCAGAAAAUCCCCGGGGAGCUGAGCGAGGUGUCGGGCAGUUUGAUGAGACUGGAGAUACACAACGAGGGCACCAGACUGUUGGUGUUGACCGGACUGAGACGUGUGACCGGACUCGCUGAAGUUCAGUUACAGGGCUGCCAGCUGGAACGGCUGCCAUCUGCACUGCUGGCGCUGACGGGUCUGCGCAGUUUGGACCUGCAACACAACGCACUGCGCACACUGGAGGAGCUGCUGGGACUGCAACACCUGCGGCAUCUGUCGUGUCUGCGGUUGGCACACAAUCACGUGUUGGCACUGCCCGUCAGUGUUGGAGUUUUGCGCUCGCUGGAGCUCCUGGAUUUGUCUCACAACCAGCUGCAGAAUCUUCCGUCGGCUCUCUUCACGCUGCAUCGGCUGCGACGCCUCCUGCUGGCUGGAAACCUUCUGGAGGGGCUGCCGGCGGAGGUGAGAGCUCUGAAACUCCUCGCCGAACUUGAUCUGAUGGGGAACAGGCUGGAACAUCUACCAGAGGAGCUGUUUGCCUGCUGCGUGGAACUGCGCAACUUGAACGUGUCUAAUAACUCGCUGGUCUCCUUGGGUCCUGGUUUGGACGGUCUGCGUCUGCUCUCUCGACUGGACGUACGGGGAAACUGUCUGGAGGAGCUGCCCGUGGCGCUGGGGGGUUGUGUUGGGCUUCGUGGAGGAGGUUUGUUAGUGGAAAACUGGCUGAUGCACACAUUACCUCGACAGAUCAAAGACAUCCUGUCCAGUCCUUCCUCAGAAUCUCCAUCCAGACCCGAUUCUGACUGCUUUCCUGCGUUUUCCACAGCACAGUGGAGCUUCCACUCAGCGCUGGAGUCUCGAAUAUAAAACCUAAGAUUGAAUCUGUUUCUCGUUAAUAGAACUGAACUAAUCUUUCUAAAAUAAAGAUCUUUAACAUCCAUAGACACGCAGUGUGUUGAUCAUACUGCUAACAAAAGAAACCGUUGAAUUGUAGCAAAAUUUGAAAUUUUUAUGAAGUUUCAGCAAAUAAUGAGAGGGGAGAUUCUGUGUCCAUUACUAGUCAAAAGUUUGGUUAGAAUAAAAAAUAAAAAGCACACAUGGGCCCUGGAUGCAGAUAAAGAGAAUGACAUCACUAUUAAACAUGGUGGAAGAAUCUUAAAAAUGUAUAAAACAUACAACUAUAACUCUAUUCCUGCAAGCAUACAUUCGCAUUACAUUUUUAAUAAUUUAUUGUUGUUCCCUUUGACAAAAAAUGUUUUGACAAAACUUUUGUAGUAAAUGUUAAUGUAGAGCUCUUGUGUUUUGUGAACAAAAAACUUCUCAUAAAGAAUA